UUUUUUUUUGUGUUCCCAGAGAUCGAGUGUUUUGUGUUUCUUCUCUCUAUCGUUCACAUUUGAUUAAAGCUAAAGCUUUCUUCUUCUUCAAUUGAUGCUACUUCUGAUUUACCCUUUCUCUGCUUUUUUCUCUCACUCUCUCAGUUUUCUCCUCCUUGAUUCCUAAAGUCUUCUCCUUUGCGUGCAUUUCUUCAAUUUUCAGAUUCUUCCUAAGGUACCCUUCUCAAAAUUCUUCCUUGUUUUGCGAUUCUUCAUCGGUUCAAUGGAUCCUCUUUGACUUCGAUUUUGAAUCCGAGCUUCGUUAUCCCUCGAUUGCUAAUUUCACUCUUUUGUUUAGGAUUCUUUCCCCAAUCUAGGUGGUAGAAUGAUGAAAUGAGAAUCGAUAGAUAAGAGUUUAAAGAGCACCAGAAUCUUUGUUAUCUUGCAAUGUCGACGACGUCUUUGCAAACGAUUGGUGCUAUUAAGUCUUAUCAUCAUCAAGCUCAGCAUUUGGUUAAGAAUUAUCUCUUAGCUGAUCCUUUUAUUCCUUACACUUCUGUCCUCACCGGCAUUUUCCUUUGCAAAGUGGUUUAUGAUCUUUGUCAUUUUAUCAGCAACUCACAUUCUAAGACUUAUAUCAUCCUCACGAAAAUUCAAAGAAUCGAAUGGAAUAACCGUGGUAUCUCGACAGUUCAUGCUAUUUUUAUUUCGGCUAUGUCGCUGUACUUUGUGUUCUGGUCCGACCUCUUUUCCGAUAGGUGGCAUAAUGAUCUUGUUGUUUUCCGGAGCUCACGACUUUCUUCUCUUGGUUUAGGGAUAUCUAUUGGUUACUUCCUUGCUGAUCUUGGGAUGAUCUUCUGGAAAUAUCCUUCUUUGGGUGGAAUUGAGUAUAUUGUGCAUCACUCGCUAUCGGGGGUUGCAGUUGCCUACUCUUUAUUUUCCGGGGAAGGACAGUUAUAUACCUACAUGGUCCUCAUCUCCGAGAUUACAACCCCAGAGAUCAACUUGAGAUGGUACCUGGACACGGCUGGUAUGAAAAAAUCAUUGGCAUACGUUGUUAAUGGCGUUUUCAUCUUCUUGGCUUGGCUGGUUGCUAGAAUUCUACUGUUCAUAUACAUGUUUUAUCAUGUUUAUCUCCACUACAACCAGGUCAUGAGGAUGCACAUCUUUGGUUACGUUCUGGUAUUCGGCGUACCAGCUGCGCUCGGUGUCAUGAACUUGAUAUGGUUCGGGAAGAUUGUGAGAGGGGUAAAGAAAACAUUAGCAAAGAGAUGUGAAUGUUGAGAUUGGUGAGUCUUCCUCACACCGUUUCUUCACUUCAUCAUCUCCUUACUUCUUCGUCCCUCUGACAUAUGCCUGUCUCUCUAGUGUAAGUAGUUUUUGUCUGAUGAAGAAAGAAAAACGAAAAAACAAAAAUGAUAAUGAUACGAUCCUCUGACUCUGUAAAUGAUCAAAAUUCAAGUCUCUUCUUUACGUUUUCUCAUUAUACAAUGUAAUUCUGUUUUCAUUCUAAUAGUUUUGGUUCUAGGGUUUUGAUUCAAUUUCUGCUACAUUUCGUUUAACCGGAGUUCGAUACAGUACUACCAAAAUGAUGAACAACUGUUUGGUGUUCAAGUUCUAUGGAAGAGAAAACAUUUGGUCACCGGUUUACUAUUUUUUUGUUCAAUAUUCUCAGUAACAACAACAUAACUAUUGCACAUACAUCAACAUAGGGAUUGUAAUUAAA